ACGGUCAUACUGUUUAGAUCAACGUCACCAAACGAAAGCAAGUGCACCAUGGAUGUGUCGGCUCUUUCGGGGCCAAAUUUUAGUCCUGCGGAGUGGAUAAACGCCAACUACAAGAAGUUCGUGGAGGAGAAUGGCCAGGACGACAGUGACGCCGCCUCCGCCUUCAUCCGGAGCUACGUGGCCAAGCUGCAGCUGUACAUAUUCAACGUAAACAAUGCCGUGGAGGAGUCCAGUCGCCAGGUGGUGGCCAGCAUGCCACGGAUCGCCAAGGAGUCGGCCGCCCUGCAAGGAGAUGUUCGCCGGUUGCAGGAGAAGAUGAGCGCCAUGCGUUUGGAGGUGGCUGCGGUGCAGAACGAAACCGGCGAGUGCAUGGCCACCUUGGAGCGACUGAACACCAAGAGCCAGAAGCUCCAGGUGGCCAAGGAGUCGCUGCAGGAGUCGGAUGGCUGGGGAAACCUGCUGGCCGAACUGGAAGAUGGUUUCGAACGCAAUGAUCUGAAGGGGGUCUGCGACAAGUUAAUAGCCCUGCAAAAAUCCCUGCAUGCCCAGGAGCAACUGCCAGGACAUGCCGAAAGGCAGACCCAAGUGGAGGACUUUAAGAACCGCCUGGAGGCGCUGGCCUCACCCAGCGUAGUUCAGUGCUUCGCCGAGGGCAACACGGAGCAGGCCCAGCAUUAUGUACAGAUCUUCACCAGCAUUCAGCGGCUGCCGCAGCUGCAGCAAUAUUACCGCGCUGUGCAAAAGAACUUCUGGCAGCAGCAGUGGAAACAAACGCUGGAGCUGCAGGGCACGGAUCACUCACAGACGCAGCAGCAACAGUUCCUCACUCUCUACUACGAUCAGCUGCUGGAGCACUGCCAGCGGCAGGUCAAGUGGUGCUCCAAUCUCUUUGGCGAGGACAACUUGCAGCCCUUUUUGGUCAUUGCCGAACUGCUGCCGGCAUUGCAACCUACGCGGGAUGCCCACAUCCUACAGCUUCUGAAGACCUCCAAUGAAAGAUUGGAGAUGCUGGCCUUGUUUGCCCAGGUUAAUCAUAGUUUUGUGCUUCACUUGAACUCCUUGCUGGAGCAAUCGCAUAUUACUUUGUCCGAGGAACUGCACCGUCUUUUGGGCGAGGCAAUUUUUGAGUAUUUCCACAAGUUUAUACAACAAUAUCCCCGUCUCGAGGAAACGCAGCUAUCCACGCAGGUGGAUCGCCUUUCGUCCACGCAGGCCACUCCCAGCGAUGGUGUGCGUCAUCUGGAGGAGAGCACCCGGAAGCUCUACGAGUGGCUAAAGGAGGCCUGCGAACGUUGUGCCUCUAUCACAAGUGACUUGGCUCUUUGCAAACUUAUCACCCUGCUCAAUGGCAUCUUCAAGCGUCAGCUGGAGAGCUUUGGCCGUAUCCAAAGGCAGAUUGGAUUGAGUUUGGGUUCCAGCAGUUAUGCGGCGCAGAGUGAAAACUGGUCCCUGCUGCAGUACACCAUGUCGCAGUUGCAAUGUCUGGCCGACUUUCAGGUGCAGCUGCAUCAAUUCGAACAGGAUUUGCACACACGCAUGGCCAGUUUGGCCAACAAGCUGACCAAACCAACCAAUCGAGGACCUUUGAGCAUUUUCCAGACCUGCGAUCAUGCGGCUCGCACGCAGCUGUUGAACAGCAUAGCUGAUUAUCAGCAAAAGAAGUCGGAGGCCACCCAGGAUAGCCUGGGUAUCUUUCCGCAGAUUUAUGCUACUUUAAAAAGUCACUUUGCCGAUACACACGACAUAACGCUGAAUAUAUUACUGCAACCCAUUGAGACGCACUUGGCGCACAUUCGACCGCCUGUCCAGGAUCACACCGCCUCGGGCAUUGAUAUGCCUUCGUUUAGUUUUGCGCCGCAGGAGAGCAUCACCCAGAUUGGUCAGUAUCUGCUCACCUUGCCGCAGCACUUGGAACCACUGCUGCUCUCGCCUUCUUCUCUGCUUAAACAGGCGCUCGAAGUGUGCAACAUUAAGUAUACGCAAGCCAUUCCCUGUGCCGACGUACUGCUUUCCUUGGUUGUCGAGCAAUGCUGCGUUUUGUACCAGGCGCAAAUACUGCAAAUCAAGUCGCUGCCGGCCUCGUCGGCCACUCAGCUCAGCGUGGACAUUGAAUACCUCUCGAAUGUUCUUGAGGAGCUCGGUUUGUCCAUCAACCUGCAGUUGUCCCAGAUCCUCACGCUGCUAAAGGCUGCUCCGGAUCAGUACCUAACCCUCAGCAGUGGAUGCGAACCGCGUCUGGUGACGGCCAUUCGGCAAAUGCGCAAUAUUAUCUCUACACAGUAGAUUUGAAAUAGGUCUAUUAAAU